AGUCUGACAACUGAGCACACCUUUACCUGUCUGUUACAUUACCUGCACUCCAGUGGCUCGACAGGACCGCUGAUCAGAGAGCAAAGUGUUUCGGGCUGGAGAUGGAGCUGGCCGUUUCCGUCGCUGUGUUAUUAGGAGCGCUGCUCCUGCUCCUCUUUGUCGCAUUUGGUAAAGGGAAAACGGAGUUGAAUGAGAAAAGCGAAUCCACUGAAAUAACCGACGACCUGCCCGCAGCUCAAGAGCACGAUGACACACCGUACCCCACCGAGGAGCCAGAGCAGCUACAGCUCCCUCAUGUGGAGGAACUGGAGCAGCACAGCUUCAGCCACCCGCUCCUGGCCGCCACGCUGCAUGGUCACUAUGGCAACGUCACCUGCUUGGAUUUCAGCAGCAAUGGGAAAUAUUUGGUAUCUUGCUCUGAUGACUGCACCAUCCGGAUCUGGAGCACAAAGGAUUUCCUGAGCAGCGAGCACCAGUGUUUGCGUGUUGCUAUAGAGAAGGACCACGCUUCACUUGUGAGCCUCAGCCCUGACUCACGCACCUUCAUCACCUGGCUGGCUGGCAAGAAGACCCUCCGUGUUUUCCAGAUGUGCAAGGAGAACGACAGCUCCUUCAGCUUCAAAGCUGCUCCAGAGGACUUUCCCCGGCUGCACACAGCGACCGUUGUCAACAUCGGCAUUGCAGAAACUGGAACAUUUAUUAUGACUGCAUGCAGCAAUGCCACCAUUAUCCUCUGGGACCUGUAUGGCAAGUUGUUGGCCUCCAUCGACACUAACCAGACGACCAGCCUCUAUGCUGCCAUCUCUCCUUGUGGCAGGUUUGUAGCAUCCUGCGGCCGCAACGUAAAGGUGUGGGAGGUGUGCUUCACGACAGAUGGACAGUUCAAAGAGGUGGUGCGAGCGUUUGACCUCCAGGGACACUCCUCUCCUGUCCAGUUCUUUGCGUUCUCCGGUGACUCCUGCAGGAUGGUGACAUUGUCCAGAGAUGGGACAUGGAAGUUGUGGGAUACUGAUGUGGAUUACGAGGAGCAGCAGGACCCGUACCUGCUGAGGACAGUGUCUUGCCAGGUGUCCGAGAACAGUCGUAUUGCCCUGUCCCCUGAUGCACGGGUGGUUGCAGUGUCCAAUGGCUGCGGCAUGACCUUGUACAACACGACCAGCGGGGAGCUAGAGGAGGAGUUUCACGACGUUCAAAGCGAGGACAUUGUGGACCUGGCGUUCGACAUCAACAGCCGCUUCCUGGCCUGCAGCGGAGGCCGCGCCAUCCGCGUUUUCCACAACGCUCCAGGCUACCGGGCGGCUAUCCAGGACAUGGAGGCAAUGCUGCAGAAGACCUCCAAUGAGGACAUGCAGCGGAGACUGCAACAGCAGAUCCAGGAUGCUCAGGAUGCACUGGACAACCUGUUUGCAGAAGCCAAGAGCUGAGCGUGUGAACAAACACACGGGUUCUAUCAAACGAAUCAGAAUGAGAAUCAAAAACUGCCUGCCUGACUGCUGCACGGUUUGCUUGGAUAUGUGCAAUUUGCAUGUAGAUUUUGCCUUAGAAAUCAUGGUGUGUUUUAAAACUGCCUUGUCUUAAAUGUUCAGGCUUUUAAGCGCCCAGUAAAACCAAAUGUAGCUGUUUUUUUCUUUCUUGAAUGUUUAAAUUUAGAUAUAUGAAAAUAUCUCUGUGUUGAAGACAAGAACGCUUGCCUAUAUAUUUUAUUUUAGGAAUUACGAGAAGACCGUGUUCAAAGGGGGGCUUGGUGCCUUUAGCAGUAGUACUGCUGGGGAUGUGAAUCUCACCCCCGUUCAGUGUGGGGCUGGAUCAUGCGUGGUCUCCUCGUGUCCUGAGUGUUUUUUUUUUUUUUUUUCUGUAGCUCAGUUACAUGCAGUUAGGCUCAUUGGCGUCUAUAUGUCGCCCAGUGGACUGGCAUCCUGUCCAAGGUGACCCUGUCCUUGUACCCUGUCCUGCCUGGGAAAGGCUCUAGCGAACUGGAUGGGUGUGUGACUUAACACACAUCACAGUCCUGGGCCAUGGUAGAAUCUCUCUAGUUUUUGCAUGAUCUUAUAUAGACAGUCAAUACACUUUCUAUUGUAGCUCAGUUGCACAUGUUUUGGUGUUUGAAGGGGAUUUGAAACCCACAAUGGGUGGUAUUAGCAUGGUCUGUCAAUCAAGCGCUGAUUUGAUCCAUUUUAGACUAGCAAAAUAACCAUAACAAGUGCCGAUUGACCGCCCAGUGGCCCCUCCUACCAUUUAAGCCUGGUUCAUACUUGCUGCAGAUAUGGAUGCAAUCUUGUGAAAUAAUUGACGCCACAGUGUUCAAGCGCAAAGACCACACUUCAGGGCCACACACGGGCGUGCGUACCACUUGAAAAUCAAAACUACAUGGGCGGUCUGUUCUAUGAUGCAAACAUCCCUCGAUUGUUCAUUGGCCGGGGGAAAAGUAUAGCGGGAGGUCAGAAAGGAGAUCGGACCCCGUAAAGUAUGUAAUCAACCUUUCCUUGUGUUGUGUUGAAUAAAAAAAUGGCAACAUAAAGUA